UAGGUUAGAAAUGACUUUCUCUCUCUCUCUCUCUCUCUCUCUCUCUCUCUCUCUCUCCCGUUCUUCAUCUCUUCAUCAGUCUCUCAUCCUCCGUGGACUCGUCCGAGGACUCCAGACUCUCUCUUUUAGCAACUAGCCAACACUGCAGGAUGCCGCUGGGAGGAGGAAACAAAUGUGGCUGCUGUAAGAAGACGGUGUAUUUCGCGGAGGAGGUUCAGUGUGAAGGACAAAGCUUCCACAAGUCCUGCUUUCUGUGCAUGGUGUGCAGAAAGAAUCUGGACAGCACAACGGUAGCUGUGCAUCAGGACGAGAUCUACUGCAAGUCCUGCUACGGCAAGAAAUACGGCCCAAAAGGCUACGGCUUCGGCGGAGGAGCGGGAACCCUGAGCAUGGACACGGGCGAAGCUCUGGGAGUCAAACCAGCCGGACAAACGCCCCAUCGUCCGACCAACAACCCCAACCCGUCAAAGUUCGCCCAGAAGCUCGGCGGCUCGGACGUUUGUCCUCGCUGCGGGAGUGCCGUGUACGCGGCAGAGAAAGUGGUCGGAGGUGGAAACUCUUGGCAUAAGAGCUGCUUCAGAUGUGCAAAGUGUGGAAAGAGUCUGGAGUCCACAACUCUAGCAGAUAAAGACGGAGAGAUUUACUGUAAAGGGUGCUAUGCUAAGAACUUCGGACCGAAGGGCUUCGGCUUUGGUCAGGGAGCUGGUGCUCUUGCUCACGCUCAGUAGAAACACAGCCGAUGUCCAGUUUGAUAAAUGAUACACACACAUGUAAGAGCCGGAUUUGGUGCUCAGUUUAUACAGUACUAAACCCAGCAAACGGUUUUAUUGUGAAAUCCAAAUGGUAUGAUCAACUGACAUUUUUGCGAUAAUAAAACUGGGUGAUUUUUAUGUUUA